AUGGUCAAGUCGACACUCAUUGUACGAGCGUCGGACGCGCUCCCACUGGCUGCAAGCGUGGACGACGAGCAGACAGAACGUGCGCUUCAAGAGCACAAGCAGCAAGCCAAACUCAUCUUCCGACGGAUAACACCCAACGCUGAACCCAGGUGUUCGAUCGAGAGCGGCCAGUACACGCUCCACUACCUGAUUGCUGACAACGUGGUGUACCUCGUCAUCGCCGACAAGUCGUAUCCUCGGAAGCUGGCCUUCUCCUACCUCGAUGAGCUGUCGAAGGAGUUUGCGACGUCAUAUGGGGCCAAGGUAGAAACAGUCCGAAAACCGUACGCGUUUGUAGGAUUCGAUACCUUCAUGGGGAAGACAGCUCGGCUAUACCAAGACACCCGGACAGCGAACGCAGCAGGUAGCUCCCACCUAGACAAGCUCAACGACGACCUACAGGACGUGACACGUAUCAUGACCAAGAACAUGGAGGAGCUACUCUGGAGAGGAGACUCACUAGACAGAAUGUCACAUCUCUCAACUUCUCUCCGGUCCGAAUCAGAAAAGUACCGUAAAGCUGCGCGGAACAUCAACAUCCAGGCAAUGCUGCGGCAGUACGCGCCAAUAGGCGCAAUCGUCUUCAUUCUGAUCAUCCUGCUGUGGUGGAGAUUCUCAUGA